AUGGCUCAGAGGCUAUGGGAAGGAGAGGAUCGUAGAUCAUUAAAAGUUAUUACUAACGGAUUGAAGUUGAAGAAGUUUGUCGAAGUUCCUGUGCCAGAUCUUGUAGAGCAUUGGAUUCGGGAAUCUAGGCUGAUGCUUCUAUCUUCAGGCUACCUCACUAUGGCUGAUGCUAGCCUGAUAUCCGCAUUUGUUAAAAGAUGGCACAAAGAGACCUACUCAUUUCAUCUGCCAUUUGGAGAGAUGACUAUCACUUUAGACGAAGUCGCGACUCUCCUUUACAUCUCACCACAUGGUAAAUUUUUUGAUGCACCAGUGAAUAUGAACACUAAUAAUGCUGCAAGAGCUGCAUAUGAGUACUUAGGUGCAACAUGGGAGGAAGCAUGUGUUGAGAUUAGUUAUAAUAAAUGUGCCCAAUAUAGAUUGCAAUGGUUGCGUGAUUUAUAUAGCCGUCUCAUUUAA